AUGUUCACUUUGCGUAAAAUUCUGACUGUUAUCACAUCACUUUUGAUCGAUACGGGAUGCGGUUCAGGUGAUUUGAAUCAGUUCAUUCGAUCAUCGCGCAUAAUUGGUGAUAAACAAAAACUUAUUGUUAUCAAUACUCACAACCAUCCUGAACAGACUGGAGGAAACUGGAGUUUUUCAACAACUGGAAAAUUUGGUUUAUCGCACAAUGUGGAAUGUUUGUGUGCAUCGAGCGCAGACGAGAAUUAUACGAAGUUGCGUGACACACAAUAUGACUGGCAGGUGAAAGUUUAUAAAUUAACGCGUUGGAUUGCAAAUGAGGAAAUCAUUUUAUUAGGUGAUUCUAAUGAUCUUAAAAACGUUGUGAAAGUGAUUCAUUCGCCUGGACAUACUCCUGACUCGAUAAUUCUAUGGUAUCAAUAUGACAACCGCGUUUUUAUUGGAGAUAUUUUCUAUCAAUUUUCGGACAUCUUAUUAAUUUAUGAUUGGAGCAAUAUUAAGGACUACGAAAGAUCAGUGAGGUCAUUGGUCAAUUUCAUCGCACAACAAGAAGAAGGUCACACCAGAACGCUACGAUACAGCUCAGCGAAAUCCGAAUGCGACAAUCGCUGUUCACCAACACUGAAGAAUUUCCAUCGUUUUUUGCUGACGAUAUUGGCGGGUGUACAGAGUGGAAUCGAGCUGAGAAUCGAUGAAUAUGAAGGAAGUCGAUACGAAACGAGAGACAAAGAUGAACAAAUUGCGAAGCGUCAAUCGUACGCCAUAUUUAUGCACAUUGCAAACACCAAGAAUGAUGCAGCGUGGAGGUACAAUCAAAUAACUGCGGGAUACGAUAUGUGA